AUGGCGAGUGACCAUAGGGUCUCAUCCGGAGACGUUUAUUCAAGGAGUAAUCACUCUAAAGGAGAUCAGAAAUUUCGAAAAGCCCAAACACAAGGGAUCAAAGCCAAAAAGGAAAUGGGACAUAAAUAUAACGAGGCACAACUUCAUCGGUUGACCAGCACGCAUACCCUCAUUGCUCGCCGAGGAGCUUCCAGCCGGUGGUGGCUCCUCUACUUCAUGGAUUGGAGCGAAAAGAAUAUCUGCGAUGACUUCAGCAUUGAUGCGUCCACCACUCCACUUGGAUUUGUUCCGGAUGCCAAGCUGGGAGAUUGGUCCUCGCUGCCCUGGAAACUCCAAGGGACAGAAUCAUCAAAUUGCCGAUGGGUGCUGCGCCAGAUCUCUGAGCUUGCAGCAUUGUGGCUUGCUUUCGUCGCAUCUGAUGGAAUUGCUUCUCAUGAAGAGAGGUAUCGGAGGUUGCAGGAGACCGAGAUCCGGAACGGUGUGAAACAAAUUCAGACCGAGACCCAAAAGGCUAUUGAGCAUAUUCAAGCUAAAACCCGAAAGGCUACUAGGCAGAUUCAAGCCGAGACCCAAAAGGGUGCACAGCCGAUAGGGGUCGAGAACCAGGAGAAUAUAUAGCAGAUCCAACUCGAGCUCAACGAGGAUGAAUGGAUGUCGGAAGAAGUUACCAAUAAAGAAGCGAUUUUCAUUACACCCUUGGCCCUACACCGAAAGGUUAAUGCUGUACAACUGAAAAUGCAUCAAACACAGAAGAAGACUUGGAAGACGAUAUCCGUGGCCAGCUCGAAAACAUGCAUCGGGUAUUGAAAACCUUGGUCCAAGAGCCGGCUGUCCAGAAGAGCGACAUCGAGCCACAGCUGGCCGGUAUCAUGAAUAAAUUUGCGGUUCAUGUAGGCAUCCCGGAGGAAAUAUUAUGCAAGGGACUAUGGAAG